UCUUUUUUCAGUGCUUCUGGAGGAAUUCCAUCUGGUCCUGCUGCUUUCCCGGAUUUCAGUAACUUUAUGGCGUUCGGGACUUCCCUUCUGCUUUUGUCGGACGGCUUGUGUUCACUGGUAAUUCUAUGGCUGCUGGUGGUAUUUCUGGACGAUUUGCAGGUGGUUAUCGAUUCAAGAGUAUUUUGAAGUGGUCAGCCCAUCGUUUCCUUUGUUCCUUUUCUUUGGUAGUUAAAUUUCCUUCAUCAUCUUUUAUUGGUUUCAUCUCUGUUGAUCUCUUCCAUAACAGAUAGUAACCUGGUUAUUUGGUACAAUGUUGUCAGGUCACUCCUACCUGCAGCCUGUUCUACUUCACUUGCCAGUGUGUCGUGGAAGUGUCUUUUGUCUUCUCGCGCACUCUUCUUCACUUCUUUGUCCAGUGUUUUACACAUUGUUCUCAGUCCCUCUUCUCGUUUUACAUCCUUGCACUGGUUCAACUUCUGCUUCACCAUCUUCCUCUCCCUCCUCCAUCAGCUUCCAUGUGUCCGUCGAGAUUCAUUCCUUGUCUUCUUUCUUCUUCCUUCCAAAUACAGGCGUCUUUCCACAUCUCUUUCAAAGAGUCCCAGUGUUCUUCUAUGCAGGUUUCUUCAGGAAUGUUACUCAAUGUCUCCCAUUUUGUCCUGAUGGCUGACGUGAAGAUGUCCUUUGUAGUUUCGUCCUUCAGCCCAGUUUCUGGGUGUUGAACUUGAACUG